ACUGCACACUUGAGUUUGCAACUUUGCACAAGACACUAGAGAGUGGUGGAAAUUAAAGCGGUAUUAAAGGCGGAAGGUCCUUCAGAGUUACCAGUUGCUGAACGGAGCCACUAGGGGGCAAUGUCUGAAAACAGCAACAGUGCCAAUAGCAACAACUGGACCCUUCUUACUCCGGAGGUAAAGGAGUCUGGAGUUGAGAAUGUGGGUCAUGUAGCUGAAGGUCUUAAGAUCGAGGGGCAGAUCUCAAAAGCACCUGAGCCCUCACCGGAGGCCCACAGUGACCUGGAGAAGCACUCCUCUGAAGCAUCUGCUCACCAGCCGGAGACAGAGACAUCCAAACAGUUGCAGUCUGACCCAGCUCUCACCCAUGAGUCAGAGCCUCCAGAGCUAUCUCAGCAGGUAACGUCUCCAGAGACGAGUGAGGGUCGGGCCCAGCUGAAUGCAGCACAUGUCAGUGAAGAGCCCAGCUCUGUCAGUGCCACUGUUGAGGACAUCAGCUCCUGGACCCCUGACCAUGAGAAACUAGGUCUUUCAGAGAGCCCAGUUACUCCCAGCGCUGAUAUCGAUUCAUUCUCUGACUCUUACACUCACAUAAGUCCUACCUCUGGAUCAAGUCCACUUCCUGCUUCAGUUUGUCAGGAAAGAGACUGGUUUCAAUCGGAUGAGGAUUCACUGAGGAAAACCAUAACUGAAGAGUCUAAAGAAGUGUUGGAAACAAACAGGAAAGAGGGGUAUGGUUUACGAAAGAGAAAAAUCUCCCACCUGGGCUCUUUGGACAAGACUGAGGCAGAAGAUGAUGAAGAGGGGGAGGAGGAAGAUUUUCAACCACCUCAAAGAGAAGAGGAAACAGUCUUUUCUUUGAACAAGUGCAUCCUUGCAGCUGUCAUUCUUCUUGGACUAGGGACCAUUUUCUUCUCUGGUAUGCUCAUGGACCCAGAUGAUGAAGCAGACAUGGAUGUUAGAGAGCUGAAGGACCCAACAAAUCAGGAGUGGCUGAAUCCUGAGAUCUCCAAAGACACGCCUGUUGGUCUUCAGCCUCCAGAUAUGUUAAGCAAGCAGGCGAAGGAAGAUCAGCAUAUAUUGGUACUACAGGAACAGCUUCAGCAACAUCAAGGUGAACUGAAAGCAGCGCAACUUCGGGCAGAGGAGGGAGAGAAAGAGCGUGUGAGGAGAGAAGAGCUGGAGAAGGAGUAUGAGAGGCUAAAAGGAGAACUAGAUAGAGUACCUGCUCUUCAGAAGGAGCUGGAGCAAGAGAACGAGAGAAUGAAAGAAGAAAGUGCGAGAGCAAAGAAAGAGCUGGAGGCCCUGCCAUCACUACAGAGAGAACUGGAGCAUCUGAGAGCUAAAGUUUCACAGCUGACACAGAGCACAGGAAGAGCAGAAUCUGUUCCACCCAUUGCAGCUUCUCGGAUGCCCUCUGCUGGAGUCAAAAGUGAUGUACCACCGAUGGAAAGACAAGACAUGAAGCCCAGAAAGACUUGGGACAAAAAGAGUGAGGAGAAGGAACAAAGCAAGGGAGACAAAGAAUGGAAAAAGAAGAAAAGUGGAAAAAAGGAAGAUGACAAGGAAAGGAGGGAGAGAGUGACUGAGGGAAAACAUACUAAGGAACAGAAGGACUGGAAAAAAGAUAAAAGCCACCAAGAGGCAGGAAAAACAGGGAAGCGAAAAGAAGAGAGAAAAGAGUGGAAAAAGGACAAAAAACAAGAUUAUGAUCAAAUGGGCAAAGAAAGUGAAGACAAGAAAGAUUUUAAGGAGUGGGAGGAGAAAAAAGAAUGGAAGGAAGAUAAAAAGUGGAAGAAAGACAAACAUGUAGGACAGGAUGAGAGGACGGGAGACAAGAAGGACUGGAAGGAUACUGGGAACACGAAAGUGAAAGAGGAAAACGAAUGUAAACAGAGAGGGGAGCGGAAAGAGGACAAAGACUGGAAAAGCGAUAAACGGAGUGGUGGGAAUGACCAUAGAGAAUGGAAAGGUGAAAAAGAAUGGAGAAAGGAAAAGAGUGAGGGAAAACACAGUGAUAAAACAGAGAAGAAAUGGAAAGGAGACAAAGAAUUUCCAAAAGAGUAUGAUGAAAAAGAAAUAGAGGAGAAGCAGUGGAGAGGGAAACAAAGAGAGUCACAAGAUAGAGAAUGGCCAAGAGAGGGAGUAAAGGAGGAGAAAAAAAAGAAGACGUACUACCACAAAAAUGAAGGGAAAAAUAGUCCCAAUGAAAAGGAGAAACAUGGGCAUGGAGCACCAGACGAGACCUUCUCCCAUCACCAUUACGACCAUGAGAACUACUGGACCAGACAGAGAGCGCGCAUCCAGCACUAUGACGGGCAGCGGGAGACGUGCAGCGGUGUGGCAGACUGCGCUCGAGUCGAGGGACUCUCUCCCGUCAGCCUGCGGGACUUCGAGACCCUUCUCCAGUCCUACCUGAAGAAGCUCCAGGAUCAGGACCAGACCUCCAGGAAAGGGGAGCUCAGUAAGCUGGUGAAGGAGUUCUUCACGGAUGGAGUGUUCGCUCAUGAUCAGAUGCCGUUCAGGGAGUUCGUGGAAGACGUGGGGGACAUUUUGGAGGACAUGGCCGAAGGAGAAGAGAGCGACAGCGAGGGAGAGGAGAGCGAGGAAGACGACGACGACGAUGAGAUGGAAGAAUUUGAAAGGGAGGCAAUGGAGAAAUUUGCACUUCCAGAGGAAGUGAGGAAGGGAGAGCAGAAGAAAGAGAGCAGAAGAGUGAAAGGUUGAAGGUUCCUCAUUGUGAUUUAGAGGUUUCAGAAAAGGUACAUCCCGAAACAGUCGAGCCUGAUUUUCUGCUUACUAAUGUGGUGUCAUUUUUAAAGAGCUUAUUCAUUUUGAUCAGUUUGGCUUUGCUUUUUCUUGUCAUGGAUAAAGCAUUACUGUAAAACCUCAGUGAUGGUUUCCUUCUUAUAAUAGCUGUUUUUGCUCAUUUUUCAUUACUUUUAUUGAAAAUGUUAUAUAACGUCAAAUAAAGACUCCGUGAGAGUCCCCUGUUCAGUCAUUUAAAGAUCUGGGGCUGGAUUCAUGAAAUGUGGUUAAGAAUAAAAUUAUUUUAUUUUCUUAUUUUUUAUUUUAAGAAAUUAAA